GUGCGGAGUCUUGGGACAGUGAUGAGAAAUAAAUAAAUAAUUAUUAGCUUUUGCGUCCUUGUAAAAACAUUGAUUUGUGCUUUCCGUUUACCUACGAGAUAUUGUUCGCUCUUCUGUGAAGUCAUAUAUGGUAUAUGGCCAAUAGAUAGGUCUUCAUAAGACAAGGUGUAAAUCAGCAAUAGUACCGAUGUGCUAGAGGCAAAGGCUACGAGAAACUUCAGCCAUGUCGUCGGUGAAGGUGGCGGUGCGGGUCCGCCCCUUCAACUCGCGCGAGAUCGCCAAGGAGUGCAAAUGCAUCAUAGAAAUGUCUGGCAAUACUACAGUGAUAAUGAACCCGAAAGCCCUACCGGGCAACAAGGAACCUCCGAAAAGUUUCAACUUCGAUUUCUCUUACUGGUCACACAACCCAAAUGAUCCGGAAUUCUCCUCUCAAAUUAUGGUGUACAAAGACAUCGGAGAGGAGAUGUUACAACAUGCUUUUGACGGUUACAAUAUAUGUAUAUUCGCUUACGGGCAAACCGGCGCUGGCAAAUCUUAUACGAUGAUGGGCCGCGGGGAAGAUGGGCAAGAGGGUAUCAUCCCUCAGAUCUGCAAGGACCUCUUCCGACGCAUCCGACAAACUACAAGCGAUGAUCUUACAUACUCUGUGGAAGUAUCGUACAUGGAGAUAUACUGCGAACGCGUCCGCGAUUUGCUGAACCCCAAGAAUAAGGGCAAUCUGCGUGUGCGCGAGCACCCCGCCCUCGGACCUUACGUGGAGGACCUCAGCAAGCUCGCAGUCACCUCCUACCAGGAUAUAUACGACCUCAUCGACGAGGGAAACAAGGCUAGGACCGUCGCGGCGACCAACAUGAACGAGACAUCGUCUCGCUCUCACGCCGUAUUUACGAUAUUCUUCACACAGCAACGACAUGACAAGACCACCAAUCUUAUGUCAGAGAAGGUGUCAAAGAUAUCCUUAGUGGAUCUAGCCGGGUCCGAACGUGCGGACUCUACCGGCGCUAAGGGCACCCGCCUCAAAGAGGGUGCGAAUAUCAACAAGUCUCUUACCACCCUUGGAAAAGUCAUUUCCGCCUUGGCUGAGAUCGCGUCGAAGAGCAAGAAGUCAAAGAAAGCAGAUUUCAUCCCGUACCGUGACUCUGUGCUGACCUGGUUACUCCGGGAGAACCUCGGCGGUAACUCCAAGACCGCUAUGAUUGCGGCCAUCUCUCCGGCCGAUAUUAACUAUGAUGAAACACUUAGUACUCUUAGAUAUGCCGACCGCGCUAAACAGAUCGUGUGUAAGGCUGUUGUUAACGAGGAUGCCAACGCGAAACUCAUCCGAGAGCUCAAAGAGGAAAUUCUCAAACUGCGUGAGCUUCUCAAAGCCGAAGGAAUCGACGUCGAAGAAGCCGAGGAGAUAUCGCCGGCUCGCAAGAAGAGCGAGGAGGCGGUACUGUCGCCCAAGUUGUCGCGCGCUGCGACCACCAUUGCUGAAGAGGCCGUCGAUCAACUGCAGGCCUCAGAAAAACUCAUCGCUGAGUUAAAUGAAACCUGGGAGGAGAAAUUGAAACGUACGGAGCAGAUCCGAGUGCAACGAGAGGCGGUUUUCGCUGAGAUGGGCGUGGCCGUUAAAGAAGGCAUUACUGUGGGCGUGUACUCGCCUAAGAAGACGCCCCAUCUCGUCAACUUGAACGAAGACCCGAAUCUGUCUGAAUGUCUUAUAUACUACAUUAAAGAUGGUGUGACUCGCCUGGGCACCUCGGAGGCCAACGUGCCGCAAGACAUCCAGCUGUCGGGCUCGCACAUCCUCAGCGAGCACUGCAUAUUCGAGAACACGGACGGCGUCAUCUGCCUCAUCCCGCACCGCGGCGCGCUUGUGUACGUCAACGGACGUGAGGUGCACGAGCCAAUAAUCCUGAAGACAGGCUCUCGCGUGAUCCUGGGCAAGAACCACGUGUUCCGCUUCACGCAUCCCGGACAGCGCUAUGAACCUUCAUCCCUCGCCAGCAAGGAGCUAGCAGACACCAAUACAGAGACAAUCGAAACUAAUAACGAUGAAGGCAAGGAGGGCGAGAACAUAGACUGGGACUUCGCGCAGUGCGAGCUGCUGGAGAAGCAGGGCAUCGACCUGAAGGCGGAGAUGCAGAAGCGGCUGCUGGCGCUGGAGGAGCAGUUCCGCAGGGAGAAGGAGCACGCGGACCAGCAGUUUGAGGAGCAGAGGAAGAACUAUGAAGCUCGUAUCGACGCGCUGCAGCGUCAGGUGGAGGAGCAGAGUGUCACCAUGUCCAUGUACAGCUCCUACACUCCUGAGGACUUCCACAAUGAUGAGGAUAUCUUCGUGAACCCCCUGUUUGAGACAGAGUGUUGGUCGGCGCGCGAGGUGGGGCUGGCCGCGUGGGCGUUCCGCAAGUGGAAGUACCACCAGUUCACCUCGCUGCGGGACGACCUAUGGGGCAACGCUAUAUUCUUGAAGGAAGCGAACGCGAUAUCAGUGGAACUCCGUAAGAAGGUGCAGUUCCAAUUUACCCUCCUCACUGACACGCCCUACUCCCCCCUGCCGGCCGAGCUCGCCCCCAGGGAUGACGCGGACGACGAGUACCGCCCCGGCGCGCCCACUGUCGUUGCCGUCGAGGUCACCGACACCAAGAACGGCGCCACGCACUACUGGACCUUGGAGAAACUACGCCAUCGGCUGGAGCUCAUGCGACAGAUAUACAACAUGAACGAGACGUGCGGGGAGGAGGAGGUGUCCCCUCCGCUGCCCGCGCUCCCCGCCCCGCCCCCGCCCGCGGAGCCCGCGCCCGCCCCCGCCCCCGCCCCGCACUCGCCCGACAUACUGCAGUGCAUAUCCGCCAGGCUCUCGCUAGCCAACCUGCUGCCCUCCAGACAAAGACUGGAGCUGAUGCGAGAGAUGUAUCACAACGAGGCGGAGCUCUCUCCCACGUCGCCGGAUCAUAACAUAGAGUCGGUGACUGGAGGUGAUCCAUUCUAUGACCGCUUCCCUUGGUUCCGUAUGGUUGGACGGAGCUUCGUUUACCUUUCGAACCUGCUGUACCCGGUUCCGCUCAUUCACAAAGUGGCGAUAGUGAAUGAGAAGGGAGACGUGAAGGGCUAUUUGCGAGUGGCCGUACAGGCGGUUAUCGACACCGAAAAGAACAACGCGGAGCUGGCGGCGGGCGUGAAGCAGUCCGCUAAGAUAUCGUUCGAGGACGAGGCGGCGCCGGCGCGCAGCCGCCUCAAGACGCUCUCCGCGCUCUCCGCGCUCUCCGCCGUCGACAAGAACAACGCCCUCAACCUGGAGGACCGCAUCGAAGGACAAGAUUCUAACAUUAAGAUCGAAGAGCUAGGUCUGGGCGUGGGCGAGUGCGACGCUGACAGUGGACGCGGCGACAGCUCGCUGGCUUCCGAGCUGAAGGAUGAAGAGCUUCCGGAGCACCUGGCGCCAGGACGAGACUUCACCUUCCGCGUCACCGUGCUGCAGGCGCACGCCGUCUCCACUGACUACGCUGAUGUCUUCUGCCAGUUCAACUUCUUACAUCGCAAUGAAGAUGCAUUCUCAACAGAACCGGUUAAGAACACCGGCAAAAACACGCCUCUCGGUUUCUAUCACGUACAAAAUAUUACAGUACCGGUGACGAAAUCGUUUGUCGAAUAUAUUAAAACACAGCCGAUCGUUUUCGAAGUAUUUGGACAUUAUCAACAACAUCCACUGCACAAGGAUGCGAAACAAGACGGUCCAGUAGCGGGACGCACUCCCCCGCGACGCAUGCUACCCCCAUCUAUCCCCAUCUCGGCGCCGGUGCGCAGCCCCAAGUGGGGCGCGGCCAGCGUGGCGCCGCCCUGCUGCUCCUCACAUCUGCACUCCAAGCACGACCUCCUCGUCUGGUUCGAGAUCUGCGAGCUCGCGCCCAGCGGCGACUACGUGCCCGCCGUGGUGGAGCACAGCGACGAGCUGCCGUGCCGCGGGCUGUUCGUGCUGCACCAGGGCAUCCAGCGCCGCAUCCGCAUCACCAUCCUGCACGAGCCCUCCUCCGACCUGCAGUGGAGCGAUGUGCGGGAACUUGUUGUCGGUCGUAUCCGCAACACGCCGGAGGCCAACGAGGAGUCGUCGGAGGGCGAUGAAGAUGGCGCGCUCUCGCUCGGCCUCUUCCCCGGCGAGCGGCCCACACUCGAUGACCGCGCCAUCUUCCGAUUCGAAGCGGCGUGGGACAGCAGCCUGCACGGCUCGCCCUUGCUAAAUAGGGUCAGCGCUAACGGAGAAGUCGUCUAUAUCACGCUCAGCGCUUAUCUUGAGGUGGAGAACUGCGGCCGUCCUGCCAUCAUCACCAAGGAUCUGUCAGUUGUGGUGGUAGGUCGCGAACGUUCGGGACGUUCGCUGCGUCGUGCGCUGUUCGGUUCGCGAGCCGCUCGCGCUGAUCACCUCACUGGAGUAUACGAACUUAGCCUGCACCGCGCCCUCGAGCCUGGCGUGCAGCGCAGACAGCGCCGCGUGCUGGACACUAGCGGCACGUACGUGCGCGGCGAGGAGAACCUGCACGGCUGGCGGCCGCGCGGGGACUCGCUCAUAUUUGACCAUCAGAAGAAGCGUAUCGUGCGUAAGCUGGUAUAUGAUUGGCCGCAGGACGUUGUGGAUAGCGCCCAGUGGGAGCUGGAGAAGAUGACGCGCCUGGAGCAGGUCGGCCGCACGCGCCACUUCCUCGCGCUGCGCGAGCGUCUGCGACACGGACACGAGAAUACCGUCGCUCCCAAUGACUUCACUAAGACAGAGAAGGAGGUGUGCAACAUGGCGGCGAAGGCGGCGGGCGAGUGCGCGCACGGCGGACACGGCACGCACGGCACGCACGGCGCGCACGCGCACGGCACGCACGCGACGCACGCACACGCGCACGCUGACGACGUCUACGAGCCUUGGGAGAUGACCCCGCGCGAGAAGGAUCUCGCCGCUAAAUACGUCAAACUUAUACAAGGACGGAUAGGUUCAGCAUCAGGUGGUGCGGAGGGCGGUGCGGGUGCGGGUGCGGGGGGCGCGGCGUCCCCCGCCAGCCCCGUGGACGAGGGCGUGUCCGCCGACAUCUCCACCCCCAGCCUGCUCUCCUCCAUACACAGCGCCAGCAGCUUCGAAUUGUGCUCCCCGGAGCGGUCUAUGCUGGAGCGCGCGGUGGCGGCGUGGGGCGGGGCGGGGGGCGGCGGCGCGGGCGCGCUGCUGGUGCCCGACUGCGAGGAGGUGCGCGUCUCCGCCGCCGUCGCGCGGCGCGGCUACCUCAACGUGCUGCAGCACGGCACACAUGGCUGGAAGAAGAGAUGGCUGGUGGUGCGGCGGCCGUACGUGUUCAUGUACCGCGAGGAGCGCGACCCCAUCGAGCGCGCGCUCAUCAACCUCGCCAACGCGCACGUCGAGUACUCCGAGGACCAGGAGCAGAUGGUGCGCAUGCCCAACACCUUUAGCGUGGUGAGCAAGGAGCGCGGCUACCUGCUGCAGACGCUGGGCGACAAGGAGGUGCACGACUGGCUCUACGCCAUCAACCCGCUCCUCGCCGGACAGAUUAGGUCGCGGUCCGCGCGGCGCGGCGACCGGCCGGCGGGGGGCGCGGGGGAUCAAAUGCUUGUAGUUUGGGACCAAACCGGUGCACUGUAUCGGAAGGCGGGGUAA